AGUUGAAAGUGCUUGGAAAUUUAUUUCAUCAUGACUUCAUCAGUUGUGUCUUGUAGUCUUCCAAGUUGUGUUCUAUUAUCAAAGACGUUCGUGUUUACAAAAAUCAUUUAUUUGGAAGCAUUUUGAUAUAAUAAUAUAUUUAAUAACAGUGUAGUGUUAAAUUAAUUACCAUGGCCUUUAUGAAUUUUAGUGAAACUAGAACAAGACUAUUCAAUUUAGAUGAGAAUAAGUUCGAGGACUUUGCAGAAAUGAAUUCCUAUCCAAGUUUAUUAACACCACCUUCAGAUUCUCCUGAAAGAAGUCAUGCUUUUUCUCCUCCGUUAAAUGCAGGACAAAAUGUUUAUGCACAUCAUCAGGAAAGUGGCAUGCAAUAUGAAACAGAAAGUAUGAAGAAAUAUUAUGCCUCAGAUACAGCACAUUUAAAAAUAUUAGAGCAACCCAUAGAAAAGUUUAGGUUUCGAUACAAAUCAGAAAUGGCAGGGACUCAUGGCUCUUUAACUGGGCGAAGUGCAGAUCGAAACCGUAAACAAACCUUUCCUACAGUACAGUUAUGUAACUACUCUGAACCAGCUAUAAUUCGAUGUUCAGUUUACCAAGAAGCUAGCCAAACGUUUGAAGAAUGUCAACCCCAUGCCCAUCGCUUGGUAAAGAAAAAUGGACAAAUUGAAAUUGAUGACCCGCAUGAUGUGCCUGUAUCCAGAAAUGAGGAUUUUACCGUAGGAUUUUACGGCAUGGGAAUAAUCCACACUGCAAGAAAGCAGAUUGUUGAAAUACUAACUAAUAAGAAAUUAUUAUUAAAAAAGGAAGAAAUAGCCAGGUCUGAAGGAAAAAAAAGAGAUAUAAAUGCUGAAGAAUUUCUGGAGGUCAAAAACGAAACUGAAGGGCUAAUUAAAAAUAUUAAUUUGAAUAUAGUCAGAUUACGUUUUGAUGCAUUUACAGUGCGGGACGGAAUUUAUUAUCCCAUCUGUUCUCCGGUUUACUCUAAAAACAUAAAUAAUUUGAAAAGUGCUCAAACAUGCGAUUUGAAAAUUGUAAGAAUGGAUCACUGUACCAGUCCCUGUAGAGGCAACAGAGAAAUUUUCAUUUUGGUAGAAAAAGUGACCAAAAAAAACAUAAAAAUUAGAUUUUUUGAGUUGAACGAAGACGAUGAGAUGAUUUGGGAUGAUUAUGGCUCCUUCAAUGAUCUUGAUGUUCACCAUCAGUUUGCCAUUGUGUUCAAAACGCCACCUUAUCGUGAUUUAAACUGCGAUCGUAACGUAAAAGUUUACAUGGAACUCGUGCGUCCAUCAGAUGGAGCUCGUAGUGAACCUAAAGAAUUCAUUUACACUCCUUGCGACCCUAUCACAGGCCGGAAGAGGCCCAGAACGACAUAUGGAAGCGGAAGCAGUUACAAUUCGUUCGCUAGUGAUGAAAUAGCGUUGACCAUUCCCGAAGACAACGUGGUACGAAGUGAAGAGCUCGAGGAGGCCCUCAAAUAUAGUAACAUCUCAUCCAGCGAAGUAGAGAGACUGUUCAACACUUUUGGACCCCAAUACAGAAUGAUUGAUUUCCCUAACUUUGAAGAUGAAAUAACAAAUGCAGAUGGAAAAGUAUUUUUAGCAUUAGAUGCCGGUAAUUCGUCAAGAAAGGAUAUAUCAGACAGGUUAGUUAAAAAUAAAAUAAUUGUGUGCUUCGCAAACACCACGCGCAAACGGACAGGUGGAGAAGAUUGGGACGAGAAAUUGUACGAAGUCCAGUGGGGAAUAAACAAUUCGGUUCAUAGCGUCACGAAAAGAACACCUUUUAGUAUCAUUCAUACGUAUAGGAAUUCGGGAUUGUUCGGAAAUCCAUUGACGAAAGAAAUUCAAGACAUUAACAAAAAACUGGGGGGCUCGAAAUUAUUACCGGACGUAGAACUCUUAUUAGACGCAAACAAAGAGAAACAAAGUAAACAGUACGAUAAGCAUAGGAGACCGGCUCAUGUUUAUAAACCGGGCGAUAUCGUAUUAAUUAGGAGCGAGAUACCGUCUACCGGGACCAGUCGAAAAUUAUCGCCAAAGUAUCGGGGCCCUCCAUUCCACUUGGCUCUUUAUGGUCAAUCAAGGAAACUGCUUAUACUUUUUAUGCAUUUGCUGAACGAGAAUCCAUCCCCUAGUAUUAUAAAUGCUAGGAAUCAUUCAAGGGAUUCUAUAUUGCAUGUUGCCGUUGCAAUGGGUGUACUCCCUGUUGUUAACUUCUUAGUGGCUCGGAAUGCUAAUUUAACGUUACAAAACGAAGAUGGCAACACAGCGUUGCACCUUGCGGUUAAGUUACUAACCAACAGUUCAACCAGGAAACAAACCAGUGUCGCUAUAUUGAAUUUAUUAUUGGUGAACGGGAACAUCAACAGAUUUAUCGAUCUUGAAAAUAAUGCUGGGGACUCAGCUCUAGCGACAGCAAUUGAGUCGAAGAAUUUAGAUGUCGUUAAAAAGUUGUGUUUAAAAGGUGCUGAUGUUAAUAAAAAACAUAAGAAAAACGGCUUUACGCCCUUGCACAUGGCUAUAUACGCUCAAAGUUAUGGAAUAGUUGAUUUUCUUCUUGAACACAAGGAUAUAGAACUCCAAAUUUUCGACUUCAAGGAUUGCACUCCUUAUAAAUUGGCAGCGAACUUAAGAGACAACUCCAACAUUAGUCAGAAAAUAUGCGAAAGAAUCGAAAAUUAUAUGAGAAUAAAUGCUAUCUCAGAAAUGAUUGAAGUGAAGGAGGAACUUUCGGAUGAUGAGUCGAUAAAAGUAGAGCCAAUGUCUCCUAAAAUUGACGACUUUGAAGAUGAUUAUCCUUCGGAUCCAUUCAGUGUAAAUUGUUUGAAUGAAGUUUCAAAGUAUCUUGAUGAAUCAGGCAAUUGGAAAAAUUUAGCCGAACUGCUAGACAUGGAACAUUUCGUAAGGAUAGAAGAUAUCAGGAAUUACAAAAGUCCUAGUAAAAGUCUCCUCAAUAUGGCUCUGGCCAAUGGAGAAAGUCUGUCGCGAAUUCGUGAUUUUUUGGAGAAUUUGGAUGAAAAAGAAGCUGUACAUGCUAUUGAUCAAAUGUGCAAAAGAAACAGGGAACAUUCUAGUAUGUAAUUGUUGUUCCUUUUAAUUUUUUUUUAUUGCGGUAUUAAGUUUUCAAUUAUUUUAAUUUUAUUUUUCAUAAUGUAAAUAUAAAUGUAAAAUAA